AUGCAGUGGUAUACACACACACACACACACACUCUCUUUGAUGUGGCUUCUGGAGCCUCUUUAACAUGAGGAAAGACAGAGAUGUAUCAGAGGAGGAUCCCACAUUCUGUAUGUGUGUUGGGAUUUUACAAGCUCGGUUUGACUUCAUGUGAAAGUAGACUGCACCAUUCUCUCCUCCUGACGGGUGGGAAGGAAAUUUACAGACGUGGUGAAGGAUGGUGGGGAAGGUGCUUGCUUUUAAUAUUUCAUCUCCCUCCCCCCUCUGUUUUUUCACGCAUGGUUGCAUCCAUUUGUCCCAGCGAGUGGGUACAGUGUGGAAGUGAGAAAUGUGAUUGGUCGCAUCGUCAUGUUUUUCUGAUGACUGUUAAUGGCAAUGUAGUGCUAAAGCGGCGCAGUGUGGCCACAGAGGGAUGGGUCACCCCCUCACUCUGUCUCUCUCGGGAUUACUUAUUGAGCUUCUCCCAUCUCUGUACACCAUCCUUUAUCUCACACAUUUGGCGUCACCUAUCUUACGCUGUUACCCAGAGAAACGAGUCUGAUCUGGACUAGUCUAUUCAGAGAGCUGUCGUGGGAGGACUACAGCUUCUCUCUCUCUCUCUCUCUCUCUGGUUUACUUCUGAUCUUAUCCUAUACCCCUCCCUUCUUGCAUUGUUUCUCUCACAUACACUCCGUCACCUGUGUUGGACGCUGUUACCCAGAGUGAGGAGGCUGAUCUUGAGCCUGGACUAGUCUAUUCAGAGGGCUCUUGUGUCUAUCUCAUUCUCUCUCUCUGCGCCUUUGCAAAGAGAGCAGGUGGUCCUUCUCUGCCCUUGGGCAGUCAAGUCACCUGCCGUUGCCAAUAGGACUCCUCUCCUCUCAACUCGUAUUUUUUUCUUCUUGUGGAGAACGUGUAUCCAUUAUGGCGCACGCAGCGGCGCAUCUCAAAAAGGCCCGGUUGGAGAUGGACCAGCAGCCCGACACGAAGGUGCUGGAGAAGGCACGUGAGAGAAGGAGACGCUCUCGAGAACGGGCUGAGCGCAAACGCAAGUCGGACAGCAACACCAGUUUCUUACGGGCUGCGAGAGCUGGGAACAUCGAUAAGGUUCUGGAGUACCUGAAGGGCGGUGUGGACAUCAGCACUUGCAAUCAGAAUGGACUCAAUGCUCUGCAUCUGGCAGCUAAGGAGGGGCACAUGGAUCUUGUUCAGGAGCUGCUGGAUAGAGGCGCCGCAGUGGAUGCUGCAACGAAGAAAGGAAACACAGCUCUCCACAUUGCCUCUCUAGCAGGCCAGGGGGAUGUGGUAAAGAUCCUGGUCAAACGUGGAGCGGACAUCAAUGCACAGUCACAAAAUGGCUUCACUCCCUUGUACAUGGCUGCCCAAGAGAACCAUUUGGAUGUAGUUCGCUACAUUCUGGAAAAUGGAGGAAACCAGAGCACAGCAACAGAGGAUGGCUUCACUCCUUUGGCCAUUGCUCUACAGCAGGGUCAUAAUCAGGUUGUCUCCAUCCUCCUGGAGAAUGACACUAAGGGGAAGGUGCGCCUCCCCGCCCUGCACAUUGCCGCCCGUAAGGAUGACACGAAAUCAGCUGCCCUGCUGCUCCAGAAUGACCACAAUGCAGAUGUCCAGUCCAAGAUGAUGGUCAAUAGGACUACUGAGAGUGGAUUUACACCACUGCAUAUUGCAGCUCACUAUGGGAACGUGAAUGUGGCGACGUUACUCCUAAAUCGAGGAGCUGCUGUAGAUUUUACUGCAAGGAACGGAAUCACACCAUUACACGUGGCAUCUAAGAGGGGAAAUACAAACAUGGUCCAGCUGUUGUUGGACAGAGGGGCAAAGAUUGAUGCCAAAACAAGGGAUGGCCUCACACCUCUGCACUGUGCGGCAAGGAGUGGACAUGACACAGCAGUGGAGCUCUUGCUGGAAAGAGGAGCUCCAAUUCUGGCCAGAACCAAGAAUGGCCUGUCUCCUCUGCACAUGGCAGCACAGGGUGACCAUGUCGAGUGUGUUAAACACCUGCUGCAGCAUAAGGCGCCGGUGGAUGAUGUUACACUGGACUACCUGACCGCACUCCAUGUUGCCGCCCACUGUGGCCACUACAGAGUCACGAAGCUUCUGCUCGACAAAAGGGCCAAUCCCAACGCUCGGGCACUGAAUGGCUUCACACCUCUUCAUAUCGCCUGUAAGAAGAACAGAGUGAAGGUGAUGGAGCUUCUUGUCAAGUAUGGAGCUUCCAUUCAGGCCAUCACUGAGUCUGGCCUCACCCCUAUACAUGUGGCAGCUUUCAUGGGCCACCUCAGCAUUGUUCUCCUGCUGCUUCAGAAUGGAGCUUCUCCUGAUGUCAGCAACAUACGUGGAGAGACAGCACUGCAUAUGGCUGCUCGAGCUGGCCAGGUGGAAGUGGUGCGCUGCCUGCUAAGAAAUGGAGCAAUGGUAGAUGCAAGAGCCAGAGAGGACCAGACUCCUCUCCACAUCGCUUCUCGGUUGGGGAAAACAGAGAUUGUCCAGCUUCUGCUGCAGCAUAUGGCUCAUCCAGAUGCCUCUACAACCAAUGGCUACACACCUCUGCACAUCUCUGCUCGAGAGGGGCAGCUGGACGUAGCAUCAGUACUGCUUGAGGCUGGAGCUUCUCAUUCCCUACCAACUAAGAAAGGAUUUACUCCCUUACAUGUUGCAUCUAAGUAUGGAAGCCUUGAUGUGGCAAAGCUCCUGCUGCAGCGUCGAGCCCCUGCAGAUGCAUCAGGGAAAAACGGUCUCACGCCUCUCCAUGUCGCUGCACAUUAUGAUAACCAGAAGGUGGCACUGCUGCUUUUGGACAAAGGGGCUUCACCCCACGCAACGGCCAAGAACGGAUAUACUCCCCUUCACAUAGCUGCAAAGAAGAACCAGAUGGAGAUUGCCACUACUCUGCUGCAGUAUGGAGCAGAAACCAACAUCCAGACCAAGCAGGGGGUGACGCCGCUUCACCUGGCCUCUCAGGAAGGCCACAGUGACAUGGUGGCCCUGCUGCUGGAGAAAGGGGCCCAUGUCAAUGUGCCCACUAAGAGUGGACUUACAGCUCUUCAUCUUGCUGCCCAGGAAGACAAAGUCAGUGUUGCUGAAAUCUUAGUUAAACAUGGUGCCAACCUCGACCAGCAAACUAAAUUGGGGUACACACCGCUAAUCGUCGCCUGCCACUAUGGAAAUGCCAAGAUGGUCAACUUCCUUUUGAAGAAUAAUGCCAGUGUCAAUGCCAAGACAAAGAAUGGAUACACACCUCUCCACCAAGCUGCACAACAGGGCAACACACAUAUCAUCAACGUUUUGCUGCAAUAUGGAGCCAAACCCAAUGCUACCACUGCGAAUGGAAACACGGCCCUUGCCAUCGCUCGACGUCUGGGUUACAUCUCAGUGGUGGACACAUUAAAAGUGGUUACAGAGGAGGUCAUUACCACAACAACAACCGUGACUGAGAAACACAAACUGAAUGUGCCAGAGACCAUGACUGAGGUCCUUGACGUGUCUGAUGAGGAAGCACUCAAGCAGGCUGCUGAUGGUGCUAUGUCUGAUGACUCCUUUGAUGAAGGUGAGGACACUAUGACAGGCGACGGAGGAGAAUAUCUGAGAGCGGAGGACCUGAGGGAGUUGGGAGACGACUCUCUGCCUGGUCAAUACUUGGAUGGCAUGAAUUACCUCAGGUUCAGUCUAGAAGGCAGCCAGUCCGAAAGUCGGUUCCAAAGUAUGGACAGGUCCUAUAUGUCUAAUCGUCAUGGCUAUUACUCCCCAAAGCAUGAUGGGAUGGUGGAUAAUACAAUCCAUAGUUACCAGAUGUCAUCUCUUGCUAAUGAGAAGGACCCAUUUAGACUGAACUGGGAAAUGGAAAACCUGGACAAUAUUGCACUCUCCUCCAGUGCUGCUCAAUCUGGCCAUUCCUCUCCGUGCCAUGAACAUGACAGCAGCAGCUUUCUUGUCAGUUUUAUGGUGGAUGCCCGAGGUGGUGCCAUGCGAGGGUGUCGCCAUAAUGGCCUGCGCAUCAUCAUCCCCCCCAGGAAGUGCAGUGCUCCAACACGAGUAACCUGUCGACUAGUGAAACGACAUCGCUUAGCGACCAUGCCCCCGAUGGUCGAAGGAGAUGGGUUAGCUAGCCGAAUUAUUGAGGUUGGACCAUCUGGUGCUCAAUUUCUUGGUAAGCUCCAUCUCCCUACUGCCCCGCCCCCUCUGAAUGAGGGUGAGAGUUUGGUUAGCCGCAUCCUUCAGCUGGGGCCACCAGGGACCAAAUUCCUGGGACCAGUGAUUGUUGAGAUUCCACAUUUUGCUGCUCUGAGGGGGAAGGAGAGAGAACUGGUGAUCCUGCGCAGUGAGACAGGAGAAAGCUGGAAAGAGCAUCAGUGUGAAUAUACAGAGGAGGAGCUCAAUCAAAUCCUUAAUGGCAUGGAUGAAGACCUGGACCCUCCAGAAGAGCUGGAGAGGAAGCGUGUUUGCCGCAUAAUAACCCGGGACUUCCCACAGUACUUUGCGGUGGUCUCACGGAUCAAACAGGACAGUAAUUUGAUUGGGCCAGAGGGUGGGAUUUUGAGCAGCACAGUGGUACCACAAGUCCAGGCUGUCUUCCCAGAAGGAGCACUUACAAAACGUAUUCGAGUUGGAUUACAGGCUCAGCCCGUGAAUGUAGACAUGGUGAGAAAGAUCUUGGGGAACAAAGCUACAUUUAGUCCUAUAGUCACCCUGGAGCCCCGUAGGCGGAAGUUCCAUAAACCCAUCACCAUGACCAUUCCUGUCCCCAAGACUUCCACUGACCCUAUACACAAUGGCUUUGGAGGAGAUACACCAACACUGCGCUUGCUAUGCAGUAUCACAGGUGGAACGACACCAGCUCAGUGGGAGGAUAUUACUGGAACCACACCUUUAACUUUUAUCAAUGACUGUGUGUCAUUCACCACAAAUGUCUCUGCAAGAUUCUGGCUAAUAGAUUGUCGACAGGCCCACGAGUCAGUCAACUUCGCCACACAGGUGUAUCGGGAGAUAAUCUGUGUGCCCUACAUGGCCAAAUUUGUCAUCUUUGCCAAAACCCAUGAUCCAAUAGAGGCACGCCUGCGCUGUUUCUGCAUGACUGAUGACAAGAUAGAUAAAACUCUGGAGCAGCAGGAGAACUUCACAGAGGUGGCUCGAAGUCGGGAUGUAGAGGUAUUAGAAGGAAAACCCAUCUAUGCAGACUGCUUUGGGAAUCUAGUCCCCCUCACCAAGAGCGGCCAACAUCAUAUCUUCAGCUUUUUUGCCUUCAAAGAAAACCGACUCGCCCUCUUUAUAAAGAUACGAGAUAAUACUCAGGAGCCUUGUGGUCGAUUGUCCUUCAUGAAAGAGCCGAGAUCAUAUAGGAGUUUGGCCCACAAUGCUAUAUGCAACCUAAAUAUUACUCUACCAGCUUAUGCUAAGGAAUCAGAUUCAGACCAAGAGCCUGAUGAGGAGACUAGCCAAACACUUGGAAGAUAUGAUGAAGAUACUGAAAAUUCUACAGAGACAUCCAUCCUGAAAACUCAAUUGAUUCGAGAUUCUCCUGCCCUUGCAAGCCCAGAUUUACUCUCUGAGGUGUCAGAGAUGAAACAAGAUCUGAUCAAAAUGACUGCCAUUCUGACCACUGAUCCCUCUGAGAAGUCAAACUCUAUGCAUGGGGGUAGUCUAGAGAAAGGGGUGGAGGAGGUGUCAGGGGAGCCUUUUGAAAUAAUGGAAAAGGUAAAAGAGGAUUUGGAGAAAGUUAAUGAAAUUCUAAGGAGUGGGACAUAUGAAGAUAAGGUUGUUGAAGAAUCAGCAGAAGCAGAAAGUCGUCAAUAUAGAAAGGAUGAGGAGUGGGUUCUUCUUUCAGACUGUGAAAUUGAGGAGGCCAAAAUGAUGGCAGCUUUUGAGACCCAAGAAGCACUUCUUAAGGAUAUUCGAGGUAGCCGAGGUUCACAGACACAAAAGGGUGAUGGAGACCAUAAAGAAUACUUUCUAGAUGUACCUGUGACUUCUGGUGCUACAGUGCCGAAGAGUGUGGUACAGGAAAAGUUCACCGAAGUUGUUUUGCGCAAAGGUGGCAAAAAAAUUGUACCGACUCUGAUCAAAGAUACGAAAAUACAUGUGGCUGAAGUGAAAAAGCCCAUUCGAAGAAAAGGGCCUCAUGGACAGAGUGACGAAUACAAUGUGCCCACUUCAAAAACAGGUUCUGUUAUUGAGAGAACAGAAAAAACACAUCGAGAUGAUGGCCUCUUACAUGCCCCCACAAACCAAAAAAUGUCACCUGUUUCUCCAGUAGUUGAAGAAACACCCAUUGGCUCAAUUAAAGAUAAAGUUAAAGCUCUUCAAAAGAAGGUGGAGGAGGAACAAAGAGGCCGCAAGCAGCCUAUCAGCAAACCCUCUCCUGGGUCUUCAGAAAAAAAAUCAUCUCCUGUUAUUAAAGAGCAAAAAACACCAACCACGAAAAAAACACAAGCGCCCAUAAAAUCACCAAAAAUUGAGUCAGAGAGACUAGAAGAGACUAUGUCAGUAAGGGAACUCAUGCAGGCAUUUCAGACAGGACAAGACCCUUCGAAGGGAAAGUCUGGACUUUUUGAACAUAAAGCAAGUUCUGGACCAAAGCACACAAAAACAGUUCAAAUAAAGGAGACUCUGUCCACACAGUCCCAGUCUCAAGCAUCAUCACUUGGACAAGAAGAGUCACUUGAAACUAUAAAAUGUGUUGACCCACAGAAAAUAAAAGCACUUCAGAUUAGCACAGAGAUACAACAUUCUCAAGAUGUAAGUUCCAAUGUAAGAGCAGAACCAGAAGACAGUGUUCAGUAUCAAGAACUUAAAAUGCCAAAAACACAAGAUGAGGUCACUUCUGCCUUACAAUCAGCAGAGCCUACAGUCCAGAGAAAUUUGGCUACUCCAGUAACCCAAGAUUUGUCUAAGGGUACUAGAGUGUCUGAACUUUAUAGUGGCCCAGAUGCACUUGAUGACAGCUCUGACAGUCACAAAAUUGAAGGGCAAGCUGUUUCCCCUUGUGCCAGCAUAGGUGAAGGCGAAGUUCACAUGAGCUCAGAGGACAGUGACAAACAUGAAGGCAUGGCAGAAACUCUGGAUACAAGUCCUGAAAGCCUUUCAUCAUCACCCAAACGGCCAGGUCAAUAUAUAGAUGGAGAGCUCUCAAAAGUAGAAACAGUUACAGCCAAAGAUGAGACAAGUAAACUGUCUGACUCCUCUUCCACUGGUGCAAUGACAGCUGAUGAUCAGGCAUCUACAGCAACUCUUGGAUGCUUAUCUGUGAAAAAUGCAGUGGAUUAUCCUUCAAAAAGUGAGUCUGUGUCUGCUUCUCAGGGCAAAACUGUUAAAUUUGUUAAUGAAAAAUUCUCUGUUGAUGAGGACAUUCUUUUGACAUCAACUAAACCACCAAAAUCUCAAAAACUAAUGAAAAGGGGUUCUGAAACAAUAGACAGUUUUUUGAGUGACGAAGAACCAUCAGAUGGUCAACACCUGUCAACUUCAGCUGACUACCUGGCUACAAGGGCUGAUACACAGGGUCAUAGUGGUUUAGUAUUGCCUCUUAGACAUCAAGAUUCAGAGACCAUUAGUCCAGUAGCUGAUGAUUCUAUAACCAUUAGUCAUAAGGACUCAUUAGAAGGUAGUCCCCUUAUGGAAGACAACUCCUCCCAUAAAUCCCCAGACUCAAUUGAACCUAGUCCAACUAAAGACUCCCCAUGCUGUGACUCUCUAGAAGGCAGCCCUAUAGAACAAAAAAACAUCAUCGCCUUGCCUGCUACAGUAGAGCAACCCAGUGUGACUGCAGGGCACCCGACAUCCUCCAAAGCUUCCGAGUUACCCCCAGAAAAUUUGCAUAGACUCCCCAGAGACCAGAAGUGUAGUGUCGACGAUGACAGUUGCAAGCAGACAUCCCAGCUGAUGAGUUCGGGUAAGAGUCCUUUUUCCCCUGACACCCCAAGUUCUGAAGAGGUAAGUUAUGAGCUCAAUCCCAAAACCCCAGACCCUAUGGUCCUUUCCAAGUUCCUAAUUCCAUCUGUCAUACCUGAGGAUGCAGAGGGAGAUGUGUUGGAGUGUGUCAUUACCCAGAGGAAAUUCACCCCUGAGGAAGAGAUGUUUAAAAUGGCUGCAAAAAUAAAAACAUUUGAUGAGAUGGAGCAAGAUGAAAAAGACAGAAAGGGCAAUAGCAAAGAUAUCUUCUCUCAGACCAUGAAUGAGUCUGAAAGAGGACAUGAAAGCAUCAUAUUGAUUGGGCCUGAAUCCAAAGUUGAAACAGCCUCAGUGGAUGGCCUUGGGCCUACUGAGACAAAACAAGGGUCAGAGGUAGCACAGUCUGUUGAACCUACUAUUAAAGUACAACCUCCCUCUCCUUUUCCAGCAGGUGUGCAUGAGAUCCCUCAAACAUCUGAGGACAUGGCCCACACUGCAGCAUCAACAGAUGAAUCCGCAAUGGAGGGACCUCAGUCUGUCUCAGAAAAGCACACAGCAAAAGCCCAUCAGAUUCUUCUACAAAAAGAAAUGCAUUCACUUAGUAUGAAAGAGUUAGAACAGACCAACAAACAAUUAUUAAGCAAUGAAGGGACAGUCAAUAUACCUCCUGAAGUAAAAGAGGAAAGCCAUAGAAAGUCAAGGGAAAGCAAAUAUGAUGAUAAGGGUGAAAUGCAAAAAGAUGCUUCAGACUACCACGGAGUUUAUAGCAAAUCACAUAGUCAGAUAGAAUGUAAUAUAACAGAUGAUGUUAAAGGUGAUCACUUAAGGCCUGCAGGGACAUCUGAUCUAGGUUUAAGCAGGGAAAGUGUAAGGGCUGAAAGUGAUUCUAGUAUUAUUGGGCAAGCUAGGGAAACAUUUAAACCACAAAUAUGUAUUUAUGAUGACACUGAAGAAGAUGAUUUAGAGGAAGAACUUCCUAAAACAAAGUCUAGAGGGGUAACUGCAAAAACUCUGGCAGACAACUGGAAUGCUAUGCGGGAAGAUGAUGAUGCCUUUGCAGCAAGAGUCAAAGAAGAGGAGCAAAAGAUUUUGGGUCUGGCAGUAGAUCGACAGUCCCAAGGUGCAACUCCAGACACCACACCGGGAAGGACGCCCACCGAGGAAGGCACGCCAACAAGUGAACAAAACCCUUUCCUUUUUCAAGAGGGUAAACUAUUUGAAAUGACUAGAAGUGGAGCAAUAGACAUGACCAAAAGGGGAUAUGAGGAGGAAGGUUUUGCUUAUUUUCAAAUAGGAGAGCAACCAAUUGAAGAGGCACUUAUAGAAGAGAUUAGGGAAGAAUCUGGUGCAGAAUAUACUAGAGCAGAAAAAGAGGUUGCCAUAAACCUCACUGUGCAGAUUAAACCAGAAGACACUGAGGAAUUUUUAAAUGCGGCUACAGACAUAUCCCUUCACUCCACAGCUAAGGAUGAUCAAUCAAGUAUAGCUUCUAAGUCAGAUGCCUCACAGUCUACAAUCCCCUUUAAUUUGGCUGUUUCUGCUUCACCCAAAACAAAUAAAAACCACAUUGCAAAAGAAGCUGUAGAAAUAAAAACAGACAAGUUACCUGAAGAUAGUUCUUCAGGGACUGAUCUUGGUUCUUCAGACACUAUCAUAACUGAUGUCCAGACAGCAGUGUCAACAGUAACCCGAUCAGUUUAUUCCCAGCAGGACCAAGAGUCCUCAGAUUCCUCCCCAGAGGAUGAGCACUCAGUGAUAGAACUACCCAAAGCCCCUGAAAAGACAUACCAAACUUCCAAAAUGAUAUCAAAGUCAAAACCAAAGCCUGACUCUAAAGGUAAUACUGCAUCUACUCAGAAAAAGUCCUUCUCUAAGGACGAGGAGAAGCCAAAAUCAAGAAUCCCUAUAAAAGCUAUAUCCCACAAAUUGGAGACAGAGCAUGAUUUAUCUGUGAAAUCUCCCAAGGAGAAAAAGUCUAAAUUGCCUGUAAAACCUGAAACAAGGAGAAAAUCUGAGACAGACACAGGUCCCUCUGUAAGCUCCAGAGUGACAAGGUCUAUCAAAGCCAAGAGCUACUGUGAAAGUGAUUCUACAAAGAAACCAGCAAAAAAGGACCAGGGUCGUCCAGCAGGUACUGAGUUGCCCAACAAGUAUAAGACAUUACCAUCGAAGCUACCUGUCAGGGGAAAGCCUGGUCAACCAACUCAGACCACUACAACUGGCAAAAAAGAUCAGCCAUCCGAGAGGCGCAAGAAGUCUAUUGAUUUUUUUGAGGAGAUUAGUGAUGAGGCAGCUAAGCUAGUGGAAAGGUUGGCCCAAGCAGAAAAAGAGAAAGAGGAGGCAGAUUCCAUGUCGGACGAUGAAAGCAGCACCAUAGAUGUCUCAGUAAUAGAAAGUGAGCCUUUCCCUGACAUGCAGAUGCCUCUUCCUGAGGACCCAUUGGUCAUUAGGCCUCGAUGGGACGACCCUGUUGAGACGCAGAUGGAAAGAAUCCCUGCUGAUAAAGCCCAAGUCCAAAGUCAAGUGGAUCCACAGGAUGAGCUUGACAGGAAGGAAGGACGAUUGGCUGUAAUGGCUGAUCAUCUUGGUUUCAGCUGGACAGAGCUGGCUCGUGAACUUGAAUUUGAUGAAGAGCAGGUCAGUCAGAUAAGAGUAGAGAAUCCAAACUCAUUACAAGACCAAAGUCAUGCACUCAUAAGACUAUGGACAAAAAGAGAGGGGACAAACGCUACAGAAAGCAUUUUAAUCUCAAAGCUCACAAAGAUUAACCGUAUGGACAUUGUACAUCUCAUCGAAGCAAAGAUCGUACAGUCCACUCAGGACCACUCAUCACAUACCUAUGCAGAAAUGGAGCAGUCUAUAUCACUGGACCACAGUGAAGGUUUCUCAGCUCUUCACGAGGACAUCGACAGCCCUAGGCCAGUCCGCCACACAGAGCUCACUUCAAGAAGGCCAAAGUCUGGGCGUCACCCUCCAUUAGUAUCUGUCGAGGAUCUCUCUUCUAGUGUAUCUUCACUCAGUGAUACCCAGAAAGAGAAGUUGCAGCUGCACAUAGAUAAAGCUGAAGAGGUGGCUGCAGGCUCAACACUGUCUGGUUUUGAGAUGAUUGGCCUAAGACAACAGUUCCCUGGCACUGUCAAAAAAGCUCUGCAGGAUAACGUUUCAGAAAAGGAUAUUAAGUCAAAAAAACAUAAUAUAGAAAUAAAAAUUAAAAAUACCAGUGGCAGUGAGGAUGACUCCUCACAAAUCCAAAAUCAAAGUGCCAGUGUGACCAUUUUAGAACAAAAAGCAAUUGUAUCUACUUUGACCAGUGAAGGUAACAUAGAACCAGGUGUAAGUGACCCAAAGUCACUACACUUUAUACCUGAGGGAAGAACAGUUGUUAGUACUAAUCUGGAAACUGGAUGUCCCAUGAUACCACUCAAGCAGUCACUCGAGCAGCCAAAGGAAACAUCUGGAUUAUGUCAAAUACAUACAACUCCUUUCCACUUCAAUCAUAGACAAUCUCACAGGACAGUGACUCCUAAUUUAUCCAUUUCAAGUUCUCCCUCUUCUGAUGGCAGAGAUGUGAUGUCAAGUUCUAGGAGAACACCAUUUUUAGGCAGUAGAGUGUUACCCACUGGUCUGGGUUCUGUGACAUCUGUGUCUAGUGAAUUAUGUUCUAACCAAGAGCUACCUACUAAUUCACAAUUAUCCACUGAGAAGCAGUAUUUUGACACUUUUCCUUAUGUAAUUUCUGAAUUUGAGAAAACAGUGUCUGCACUUAGUACUGAUGACCCAAAGUUAGUCUCCAGUGAAAUAAGUCCCAUGGAAACUGCUUUGGCUCCUAGUUCAUCUGAGAUAUCUCAAUCUACAGAUGAGAGUUUGAUGGAUGUUGACCUGAAAGCCAACCGAAGGCCUGUCCAAGCAGAUAGUUUAGAGUCAGAUACUGAGUUCUUUGAUUGUCAACAAACAUUUUCAGAUGUAUCUGAACCAGAGCUGAGAUCAGAAAAACUUUUUGAUUCUGAAACUGUUUACCAUGUUGAAGAAUCCUCAUCCUUACCAUACACUCCAGCCUAUGACUGUUUGUCAGCCACGCCCAAAAUAACAGAAAAGUCAGAAUUAGACAGCCAAGAUAGCCCAUGCCCAGCAUCCUGGGGAAGUGAGGAAACUGAUUUGCCCAUUGUUCUUGAACCAGAGGAUGAGUGUGUAGGUGAACAUGAUGAAGAGAUAGCAUAUCCUUAUGGGUAUGCAGAUGAGCACUCCUAUGCUGAAGAGCUACCUCCAAGGCAGGGAGGCCAAUAUGAUGAAGAUGAUGAUUCCCUAGGAAGGGAAAUAGCAGAGGAGCUAGGCUUGCUGUCUGAUAGUUCAGAGGAAGAGGUGUUGACCACCCGAGUGGUUCGACGCAGAGUUAUAAUCCAGGGAGAUGAAUUGCCAGAAAUUUCCCCUCACAGAGUGACAGAGGAGCAAUACACAGAUGAGCAUGGAAACAUAGUCAUCAAAAAGAUCACAAGGAAAAUUAUCCGUAAGUAUGUGUCCGCAGACGGAGUAGAGCGAGAGGAAAUGAUGGUGGAGGGAGCUCAGCAAGAAGCUAUCACUGUAGAUGAUGCUGAUGGUUUUUCCAAAGUGGUGAAAAGGACAGUAGUGAGGAGUGCUGGAGACCAGACUGAGGUGACGUUUUCUGAACCUGUACCUGUUGGCGAGGCAACAGCCUCCGAAUUUGAAGGAGAGAAUGCCCAAGGUCGUAAAGUAAGCAAGGUCAUCAAAACCAUGGUGGUGCAGGGUGAGAGGAUGGAAAAGCAAAUUGGCGACUCCUCGUUGUCAGCAGACCUCCCUUCGGCAAAAGAAGACUUUGAAAAGGCUUUGAGUUAUGCAGGGGGCUUUGACAAAGUGCUCUUGCCUCAUUUAGUGGAGAAAGAGAUCGUGAAGGAGGAUGGAUCUAUGAUCAGAAGGACCCGCAUGCGUAAGACACGCACUCAGAAGAAGACUGUGGUGAGGGACGGCCAGAGCAAACACAUCCACCUGGAGCGACUGGAGGACACUCCGGAGUCCCUACAACCUGACAACCUGCAGCAGCACCUACACCAACUGCUCCAACGCUACUGCACACCAGAAGUGGAGGAGGAGGAGGCAGAGGAGGUGGAGGAGAGAGAGGAAAAGCAGGACACAGACGACUGAUUUCUAUUACCUUUUCAUUUAUUUGCGCUGUGGCAAGCCUCCCAAAAUCCUUGGCAGAAUAGAUCAGAUUGUCCUCUUUUGUCACUUUGUCUCUCACUAUUACCAUGACAGCAACUUCCCAUGUUCCUGACCCUUCUUUUUGUUUAUUUAUAUAAAAUUUUUUCCUCCGUUUCAAAAAAGGAAAGAUUUGUGUGCUAGAAUAUUUUUGUUGAUGCGAUGUUUUCCUAUUUUUCUUACUUUGUGACCAAAGAUAGCUUUACCUUAUUUUAAAUUAACAUUUUGGCUAGAAAAUAAUCCUAAAUAUGGAAAAAAGCAACUAAACAUCUUGGACAUUACCCUCUUCCACAAACCCCUUUCUUUAAGAGCUGAAAUAACGAGAUGUGUAAAUAUUAGAAUGGAAAUGGAAAAAUAUCCCAACAUGCACUGCACUGUCUACAUACAUGCCGUAAAACUGCACCAAUGCACUACUGCGGUUAAACAUGUUACGGUUCAUUAGCUCAAAUUCUGUCCACAGGCUUUGGAUAACUGACUUUUUAAUGUCUGUUACUGGGGCAUGUUUAUUGUGCACCACAAAUGCAAGACAUUUGGACAGUAUUGAGAUCAUGUAAAAAACAGAAUGAAUGUCAUAGUUCAUCAUGAUACCCAGAAUGAGCUUGAGUAACUUGUAUGCAGUAUAAAUGUAAAAUCACACACAAAAAAAAAUGCUAGAUGCCAGCUUUUAAUGUGCUUUUUGGGAGUCAUAUUGAAUGAAAGCUUAGCACAUUGUUCCUGCUCGUUUUCUGUUGGUCCUUCACAUAUUGUUCUAAAAGGCAACAACAGCUUGGCACAGUGGAUUCAGUCUGCCCUAUUUACUCUGUGCGUGCGUGUGCGUGUGCGUGUGCGUGUGUGUGUGUGUGUGUGUGUGUGUUUCUUCACCAUGUUAAUCUCCAGUCACAACACUUCUACUCCUCGUCUGCACGUAAGAAAUUAGCAAUGAUUAAAGGUAACUUUAUCAAUUUUGUUGCUCCCUCCAAUUUUUCAACAUGUUCACUAAUAUUUAAAGGAUAGUUGUUAUUAAUGACUCAUGAUCAUAACUCUCUAAUGUUCAAAAAAUGAACAUUAUAAGCUGCAGUGUAGACACACUGACCUGCUUUUAGAUUAACUCUGUAAACUAAAACAAAGCUUAAAUAACACCACCUCCUCUCUAGGUUGUAGUCAACUCAAUCUGCUAUGGCUAUCACACUACCCUACAAACUUAUAGCUAACUAUGAUCAGUUCUGAAUACUUUGAAAUAUCCAUUCAUAAAAUCACAAAAAAAGAAAUCCCUAAGGACUUUAGACGAUUAAAACUUCACACACACACAGUCACACAAAAAACAACUAAAUGGUUUUAAACACACUGUGAAAUGUGAUGAAAAAGUAAGGGGAAAUCCUUCAAGGUCAGCAACUUUUAUGGUUUCAUAUUGCCAAUUCUCUUGCCUCACAUAUCAGGAUCAUAGCUACUCUGCUCGCUGCAAAAGUUUUAAUAUUACUGAUAAGUAGACGGCUAAGAAGGGACUGUAAGAACUGUAAACUACAAUCUCUCGCCUUCGGGUUGUGGUCAGUCUUUAUCCUUUAAUAUACCUGUUUUUGCCUAUAAACAACGGUUUUAGUGAAUGCAGUGGUAGCAGUUUUAUUCUCUUAUCAUGUUUUGUGAAUCUGUCAAAUUUGAUGGUCUAUUUACAGUGACAAUGGAAACAAAUGUUGGCUCUGAUGGCCACAAAGGUACAACCUAUCUCAACUAAGAAGGCAUGAGUAACAAAUAAUAGCAAAUGAUACAAAUUUUUGUUUACUCGACUUCUUAACUCCUACAUUUUGUUCAUUGCCCAUAGAGAAUGUGUGUAUAAGUGUGUAUGUGAAAUUUUCAGUGGUCUUUAUGAGUAGCAAGUUAUCUUUUUAUGAUGGACAUUUAGCAUGUGUACUAUAAAGCUAUUCUUGAAAUUUAUUUCAAGCUUCAAAUGAAAAUCCUGUGUAAUUCAUCUGGGAGAUCUGGGGGGUGCAGCCAGACUCUGAAUAUCUGAUUAAUAAUUAACGCAGCGCAGGACAUUUACUGUUUGAAAACAACAGCUGUUUCAUGAAUAAGCUUGUUUCUAGGCUGAUGAACAUCUAUAAAGGCAUGUGUUCAUGACUAAUAAACAAAAAACAGCAGCUGCAGUGUGUAAAUGACGGAUAAUAAAUGAUAUCAUGUAGAUCACA